ACUGCUCGAAUUGAUGAUCAAAGUUCGUAUACGAUCCGCCGGCAAAUCAGCGGGCUCCCUUCUUUCCCUACUUUGUCGGUUUCCUUUACACCACCUUUUGUAUAAUAUAAAUAUGUUUCUUUCUUAUUUGAGAUUAUGAAACAUACCCUAGCCCCAUGUCUAAAAAAUGCAUUCGAUCCCACAUGCGCUGAUCCAGUAGUUCGAAAACGGCAAAAGUCGUCUUACGGCAGCAACAAAGAGUGGGAUCACGAACCAUGGCUCGUUCAGCAACACCGUCGUCUUCGUCAUAAAAAGAUUAGCCAGCAAUCUAAAUCAUCACCUUCGGCAACAGCAACGGAAUCUUCUUUGGCAAUCACUAGCAACGGACAAGAACAACAACAACAGCCCCCAAAAUUAGGGGUCGAUCCAACCCUGUUAGCAUCCAUUGUAGAGAGUCAUGGCGUGACACGUAUUCAACGUCUCGCGCAACUCACAGAUCUGGAUCAACUUGUCUACGUUCUCGAUCACCUGAAUAACCUGGAUUACGACAAUGCUGUGACUAUUGACGAUGAAACUAUAAUAGAAGCGUGUCGACAAGCGGACGCCAUACCCCACCAACACGCCGUUCAAUUGUUACGCGCGUUUGUUACUCCUCGUUUGAUAAAAGCUGCCACGUUACUACCACGUCAAGUCAGUCAACAGCUAUUACAAAUCCAAAAUCAUCGGGCCGUAUUGCAAGGGAUUAUUCUGGAAGUAUUAUGUCCACUGCAGCAGCAGCAGCAGCAGCAGCAGCAGCAGGAUGCUAGUGCUUCAAAGAGUAACAACAACAACAAUAACCAGAUCAUUGUAAAACUCGUACAGCAGUUUUCGCCAGCGCUGCGACAUUCAUUGAUUACGGAUAUGCUUCAAAAGCGGCCCUGGAAGCAACAAGCUGCAAUUAUCACGGUGGUGGAUAAAGCAAUGUCCCAGCAACCCUUAUUGACAACAUUACCUCUGAGUGAAUUACUGCAUGCAAUCAAGCUGGGUGUUCAGAUGGAUCCCAAAGCUAAAGGAUAUAUGCAGUUACUGUUAACUUUGACGAGCAAAUAUGGUUCCUUGUUGGUCUCACAUUUGGAUACAGUAGAACAAAUAGCUCAAACAAGUGACAUGUUUUUGAAACGUGCUGUAUUAGGCCAAGUAGCAUCAAUACGAAAGAAACUGACUGAAUAAAGAGAAAAAAC